AUGGACCACACAGCUUCUCAGAGUUCCAAGGCCCCGGCCCAGGACCCUCAAGGCCCAGAGCCACAGAGCCCAGAACCCCAGAACCAAGGACCUCAGAACCAAGCACCUGAGGACCCAGCAACCCAGAGCCAGGAGGCCCAGAAUCAGGAGCCUCAGGACCCGCAGCCUCAGGGACAGGAGAUCCAGGCCACUCAGUCUCAGAUGCCUGCGCCACCUGCACCCAGCCAGACCACAUCCGGGCCAGUGAUGCGGUGCUGUGGUAAGGCAGAUAUCCGUGACUGCCGAUGUAGCUGGCCCAGUGGUCCGUGUCAAGCGCCUUCGAUCCUUCUCUCGCACUAUGACCCUUACUGUGUCUGCUACUCCUGUGAGUGGGCCAGGGAGACGAAGGACCCCAAGAUUCGCAGCCGGAAGCCUGGACAAGAGGGCAGGAUCAUCGACAACCCCACGUUCAGUAAGGGCCCAUUCGACAAGCUGAAGAAGGUCGUCCCCAAGACCAUGACCCAAUUGGAGCUGAUGCAUCCAAUCCUCCUCGACGACAGGUGCCAGCCCCGGCGCUGGGCAUGGGUCAUGACGCCCGUGCAACAUGGCAUGCUGCCGUUCCUGCCGGACAAGUACCAGCAAUACGAGGACGUAUGGAGAGUCACCCUCGACAGUCAGGGAAAUUGGGUUGGGAUCGGCGAGCAAGGCGAGCGCAUCGAUAUUGAAUUCGAGGCGCAUCACUUGAGGAACAUCCUCUACACCGACUAUGGCUAUCACCGAGCUGUCAGCCCAUAUUUAACUAAUCACGAAGGACAAUACUAUCCCCGUCAAUUUCCCUUGAGGCCUGAGGAGGUCAACCCACAAGGCUGGAGGCCGUACCCGCCACCCAACAAGUCUCGCGCAAAUUCUGCCGCGUCGCACAACACGACCCUGUUCAUUGGCGGCAUCAACGACGAAUUCGACGAAAAGAGACUCCGGUCCCUGUUUGAGCCGUUCGGCGAGAUCAAUUAUAUCUAUGCUCCCUAUCAAACUAACGGAUUCGUGCAGUUCGUGCAGCGACGCGAUGCACAGAUGGCUAUGCGUCAGAUGCAGGGCGUCCCGGUGCUCAAAUGCCGGCUCCGCAUCUCCUGGGGCGACCCUACAAUCAUGUUUCAGCACCAGGUUCGUCUCAAGAAAGCGGGCGAGAGGCUCCCCUACAAGGGAUACAAGAAUGAUGAACUACCGCAACACGGCUCUCAGGACAGAUUGAGCUGGCAGUACAGCCCAGAACAGUUCUACAACAACAUGCCAAAUCCAUCGUACCACCAACAGGGACGGCACGAGAUGCCUCACAGGGCCGGUGGGGCUUUCCGGGCAAUCGGAGGGCCUUCUCGAGAGGGUCCUCACUACCCCAAUCACAACAACAAUAUGCAACAGCCACCGUACCACCAGCAGGGACAGUCCACUCAGCAGGGACAGUACCGCCAGCAGGGACAGUACGCGAUGCCUCACAGGCCCGGUGGGGCUUUCGAGAGACAAGGUCCUCACUACCCCAACCACAAUAACAAUAUGCAACAAUCACCGCAACACCACCAGAGACAGCACGCGAUGCCUCGAAUUCCCGGCGGGGCUUUCGGGAGAAUAGGAGAAGGCCUAGGAGGGCCUUCUCGAGAGGGUCCUCACUACCCCAAUCACAAUAACAAUAUGCAACAACCACUGCCUCCCCAGCAGAGACAGUACGCGAUGGCUCAAACGCCCGGCGGGGCUUUCGGGAGACAAAAUCCUCACUACUCCAACCAGCAACAGAGGUGGAAUUUUUUCAUGGCUCGACCAACACCCCGUCCAUUCGCAGGGCCGCAGCCACCACUAUGCCAUCCAUCCAUGGCACCACAACCCCCAACAUGUUCGCCACAUAGCACCCGUAGUGGCCACUCAUCCAGAUUGAAUCCUUCUGCUGCCUCCUGGACGAGUAGUUCGGCAGUGAACAGCCCAGCCAAGAACUCUACUGCCAUGAUCCCCAAUCCUGGCCAACAAGCGCCUCAAGACCAAGCCCCACCAAGGGCGCCAGUGGCUGAGGUCGCCAGCACUACCGGCGCUCAAUCUCAGGUUCCAGCAGCGCCCGCUGGAUCCCCAUCUGGCGUCGUCGCCCAAGAACCCGCCCCUCAGCACAUCGUUUCAGAGGAGAGAAAGGAUCUGGAUCAGAAGAGGAGCACCCCGUCACCCGAAAGCGGCCACACACACACCCCUCCAUCGUCUCAGGAUGGACAACACACUACCAGCAAGACAUCCCCCGAAACCAGCCACACACACACGCCUCCGUCGUCUCAGGAUGGACAAUACACUGCCAGCAAGACAUCUCCCGAAACCAGAAGUGAUGCCGAUUCUGAGCCUCAGGCUGUGUCCGAAACUGAUUCCAAGGAAGCGGCCGAUGAUGAACAAAGUCCUGACCUGCUUCAGAGUUCAGAGCCAGAAGCUGGCUCGGAUGAUAAGGUUGAGGAUCCCAGGUCAACUGCAUCUGAGUAA